GACGCCCACAAAAGAGUUCAAGUUAAAGAAAGGUAAAGGCAAUGCGUGGUUCAGCGGCCAUCAGACAGUCGUAAUGGAUAACAUUGUGCAUAACUUUGCAAACAUCACAUUUCAGCCGAAAGAAUUCGGAUUGUCGGAGAACCGCUCCGGCAGCAGCAGUAGCAGCUUCUCGUGGAGCCUGAAGCCCAUGGCUACGGCCAUGUCUGAUGUGGAGGAGAUGCAGGAUGGGUCCAAGGAAUCGGAGCCCAGCGAGAGCAGCGAUCAAUCCGAUGAGGUGGACUCGCAGCUGAGUCGCGGUGAGGACGAUGACAGCGACUGGCAUAGCGGCAGCAGCCGCAAGGGCAAUAGCUAUAUGACGGGAGGCCGUGCCGGCGUGGCUCGCCGCCGCAUGCCGGCACGCGUCUCCAAGGACCACUUCAACCGCGUCUGCAGUGCCAUCAUGAAGCCCAUCAAGAAGAAUCGUCGCAAAGAGCUGACCACCAAUUCGCAGACGCUCAAAACCAUCGAGAAGAUCUACACCAACAAGCGCAUGAAGAAGUUUACGCCCACAAGUCUCGAGACAAUCUUCGAGGAGCCCAGCGACGAGAAUGCCGCCGAUGUCGAGGACGACAGUGAGGAGUGUUCGAUCAGCAGCCAAGUGCGAAUUGUGAAAUUUGGCAACCGAAAGCUGCGACGCGCCAUUUCCUUCAGUGACGGACUGAACAAGAACAAAAUCCUUCUGAAGAAGCGCCGCCAGAAGGUGAAGAAGACCUUUGGCAAGCGCUUUGCCCUGAAGAAGAUCUCAAUGACCGAAUUUCACGAUCGUCUCAACAAAAGUUUCGACAGUGCAAUGCUCGAGGGCGAUGAAGGCGAUGCCGGAGCUGGAGCUGGAGGAGGAAACGCCGAAGCCAAGACUGCCAUGACCAUGGACGAUAUACAGCUGCCUGCACUGAGCAGCCAGUAUCACAUGCAGCAGCUGCCGCAGCAGCAGCAGCCGGCGGCGUUCGAGUAGAGAGAGACUGAAGCAUCAUUAUUACACUCGUAUAGAUUGUGUCACCGUUUUACACUUACACCCAUUGCAUAAAUUACGAUACUGAUUAGAUAUUACGAAUAGUGUCCAAAUGAAGUGACCGCAGGCAGCUCCCAUUGAAUGCUGCUGCUGCUGGGCCUGCAAUCUUGCCUGCGGUCACCUGUACUGAUACCAAUUAUUGAAGCUAGGAUUACCGAUCAAUCGUUCACAUUAUGUAAUUUCACGACCCUAGCUAUACAGAUCAUCGCGGUAGGAAGUGGAAGUGGCAUCGAGCGUUUCACUACUCAGCCCAUUAAAGUUAUCCUAUCCUAUCCUAGCCCCCACCCUACGAGCAUGUAAAUAGCAAGUAAUCUAAAUUUAUCAUCCAGCCAUAGAAUACGAUUCUGUGCGUAGUCCGUAAGUCCAGAAUAAAUGUUGUAAAGAAAA